GCCGCCACUGCUGCCUCGGAGAAUUCGUGGGCGCUCGUGCACAGGCUCGUGGAGAAUAGAACAGGCUUGAGAGUCGAGACACACCGCUCGCAUACGUUGAACGCUGUAGGCCUCCCAGGACAACCGGACCAUUUCGUAUCUUACCUGCACGAACGUGCUACUGUAGUCAUGUCUGCACACUCGCCAGAGCACAAAGUGACCACUAGCCGCAGCAUACCGACGCGGCGGAUUGUCAUCAACGAUUCAAGUCAGCUGCCCCACGACUACAGCUCAACGCCCGGGGGUACCAUAUUCUCCACUACGCCGGGAGGCUCGCGCAUCAUCUAUGACCGGAGCUUCCUGAUGCAAAUGCGCCACUCUCCAGUGGCCCGAACACCACCGAAGAACCUGCCUGUGAUCCCUGGGGUGACCCUGUCCAGCAGCCCUGAUGUCUGCAAGCCCAGCGGGUCCCCCAUGAAGCCCACGGAGAAUGGUGUUCUGCCAUCUCCGGCCAAGGGUGCCAAGCCUGGCUCGGGUGACGAGCCACAGUUUGCAAUGGACAUCUAGUCCUACCAACAAGUGCCAAGCUAUUUCUUCGAUUCGCCUCAGCCAAGUGCCCCCACCUCUUUGUAUUUUUCAUGUUUCUCCAGUGCGGACUGUCGUCCAUGUCAACUAGCGACAGGAUUUCCUUGCUGCAUCGUUUGUUUCUUUGGUGGGCAUGACCAGCAACGUGGGCGCACAAUUUUUCAAUUUUGUUUCUUUGGUGUGUGUGAAAGCAUGGUGCCCAGUUAAGUCCUAAUGGGCUAGCAAUCAUGUGAAACCUUUCUUUUUGUUUUCUUUUUAAAUUACGUUACCUUUUGUUGUAUUUUUGCCUGCAAAGAAAGGAUCAGCAAUAGCAUGCACUCAGUGAGUGUGCGUGUUUCUUUCUUUUUUUCAAUCAUUGUUCUCUCUUGCCGACGAAACAAAUGCCUGCAGUUGCAGCCUGUGGAACAUUGCCUUCUCUUGUUUCCUGUCAAGCUAGAUGACUCAUACAUUUUUUUUAAUUGGGGUUAUUUUUAUCUUUUUAAAUUGCUUGUUACUGUGAUGCCACAGGCACUGAUUUUCUUUUUUAGGUUGGGAUAGUGGCUCAGGAAGAAAACCUAAAGAGAAAAAAAAAGGAGAGGGGGUGGCAGGCAUGUGGCUCAUCUUAGCUGGGGCUCAAGCCUUCCACUGCUUAAGAUUCAAGUGCACAUGGUUGACUUCGGCUUUGGAUUGCUCAGUCUUGAAAAGUUGGUAGGGGAGUGAGUGUGAAGGAACUUUAUGUGAUUUUAUUUUUCAUUUACCUAAUAGGUUGUGCCAUAUGAGCACAUUCAUAAUUUUUGUGCUGAAAGUUUAGAUGGAUUAGUUUGCUGCCAAAGGUGGAAACAUUAGGUCCUCUUUGAUUUGUGGGUUUUCGUCUAUCCUUCGUAUGUGCGCAGACCAGUUGCACUAGUUAAGUGAUGGCCUUCAGAAAUUCCUAUGCUUCUUGUAUAAUUUUUUUCUGAUGUGGAUGUAUUAUGUAUUGACUACUCUGAUCGGUGUAAUUACAAUACUAACACUGUACAAGCCAUAGAGAUAUACGCUUAUAAUUGCAAUUGCAGCUCGGUGCUCAUUAUUUCUAGCUGCUCUGCGAAAGCUCGCAGGCAAUAGGCAUGUGCUUAUGCUUGCAUUUUUCAACUUCGUAAUGUGCUUUUUGGAAAACAGUGUAUUGAAAAAAACCUGGGUUGAGCACAUUAAGAUAAGUAGCAGUGGUCAUACAGCCUUUCUUAUGAACAUUUUCCUGUUUCCUUUUUUCUUACAUGCACCAAACAAAGUUAAAGGUGUGAAACUGUUUCUGUUCGAAACAUUUUUCACCAGUGUGGUGAAAAUGUAACAGUGCUUGUGCCAUCUCAGCUUUUAUAUAAUGUUCUUUCCUGAAGGCUUCAUUAGCUUGACAUUGUUGAGUAGUGCCACAUGGCACAGUGCUUCAGAAAGGUGGGAAGAAAUGUCAAUGGCAGGGUUGUGCAGAGCUUGGUUUCUUGUUGGCCAAUUUGUUGCUUUGUCUGUAUUGUUCAGAUGUGCUUUUGGAAUGAAAUUCUGGGAGACAUGUUUUCCAAAAGUUUGUUGGCUAAAUAAAAAAUACAAAAGCUCA